CAAUGUCUCCCGUUAAAUUCCUCUUCAUAUUCCUGUUCGCAUCAGUCACUUUCUGGCUCAUUUUAUUAUUUGCUUCCAGGUUUGUGGCUUCAUUUUUGAGCCGAGUCCUCAAAGCAUCUGUGGUCCUUAGACUCUGUGGAUGGAGAAGUUUGAGGGAUGUUAAGAUCAAGUUCGAAAGGGGUGCUGUUGAAUCUAUUUCGGUUGGUGAAAUCAAACUUAGCUUACGGAAAUCCUUGGUUAAACUAGGAGUUGGUUUUAUUUCUAGGGACCCCAAACUGCUGUUUGUGAUAAGCGAUCUAGAAGUUAUUACGAGGACUCCCGACAAAAGUUCAAAAAAAGCAACACCACAAAAACCAAAAAAGAGUUCAAAGAGUUCUGCUAGUAAGCAAGGCAAAAAGGUCAUGGUUGUGGGUAAUGUGGCAAGAUUUUUCUCUCUUUCUGUCAGAGAGUUGGCUGUGAAGACACCGAAAGCAACCCUAGAGAUUAAAGAUUUGGGUGUUGAUAUGUAUAAAGAUCGAGGUUACAAGCCAUCUAUGUAUUUGAAGUUGCAAAUCUUGCCUAUUGUUAUCCAUCUGGGUGAACCGCAUAUUAGUGGUGAUACUUUAUGUAGAUCGACGGACAGUGACGGAUUAUCUGCAGGGGAUGGAUCGACAACAGGGAAGUCCGCAGCUCAUUUCAUCUGUGAAGAAUUUGGUCUCUUAGUUGAAUUUGCUCCUCACAGAGAAACGGGUGUAAUCAUUAGAAACACUGAUAUAUCACUGGGAGAGAUUAGUGUAGACUUGAAUGAGGACCUGAUUUCCAAAACCAAGUCAUCUAACACUCAUGUUGCUGAGCAAGUUGUCGUCAAAUCUACCCCUCAAACCAACAAGAAGCAACAAGAUGCACUUUCAGCCAUCACAAAGUGCACUUCUUUCUUUCCCGAAAAGAUUUCACUGACAUUGCCAAAGGUCGACGUAAAGUUUGUACAUAAAGAGCAUUGUGUUACACUGGAGAAUAACAUCACGGCCAUCCAGUUUAAAAGCAUAAAGUCUCCAUCUGUUGGAGAAACGACACAACUUGAUCUACAGUUAGAUUUCAGUGAGAUUCAUAUUAUCAAAGAAGGUGGAACUUCUUUCCUUGAUUUACAAAAGCUUGCUAUUCUUUCUUUCAUUUAUGUACCGUUAGAGCAUACAUCACCUAUAAAAUGUGAAAUUGAUAUUAAGCUGGGAGGAAUACAAUAUAACAUAUUUAUGGCAAGAUUAAAGCCACUGAUGCAAUUGCGCCCUCCUAAGAAGAAAAACAAGGCGCCAAAUGGUGAAAAAGUUAAUCCAGUAAAGGUCGAUGAUUUUAAAAUCAUUACGUGGACAUGUACAUUCUCGGCUUCUGAGGCGACCAUUGCAGUUUUUAAUUUGGAAGGAUUGCUGUUGCAUCAUGGUUGCUUGGAGUCAUCUCAUCUCUUUGCCAACAACACAUCUAAUACAGGCACUGUAGUUGACUUUGAACUUGGGGAUUUUAAUUUUCAAAUGGCUGAUGAAAAUCAAGAAUCUUUUAAAUCAACCUUUUUUGUUGUGGAAACAAACACAGUUGCAGUACUGCAUAUAGCGAAAGUCAUCCUCAAUUUUGGCAAAAAGGACAUGGAUUUAGUCAAACAAGAUAGUUCCAACUUAAAAUCUGUUCUCUCUGUUGAUGUAAUCGGUAUUGGCAUGUGCUUGACAUGCAAACGAGUCCAAUCUCUGUUAUCCACCGCUUUAUUGUUCAAGAAAUUAUUGAGAACUCCAUCUUCUCCAUCUGGUAAAUCAUCAUCUGCACAGAGUGAAGCACCAAGUCCAAAUAAAUCAUCAGGAAAAGGAAUCCAAUUGGUUAAUUUUAAUCUCCAGCGUUUUUCUGUGAAUCUAUAUGGUGAUGUAAGCUUGGAUCAUGAAAUUGUUGACGAUCCUAAACGUGUGAAUUAUGGAACCCAAGGUGGUCGUGUUCUUAUUUGUACGUUGCCUGAUGGAACUCCACGUAAUGCAAAAGUGGCAUCAACAGCUUCUGCUGACUACAAAACAGUGAAGUACUCUAUCGGACUGGAGAUUAUUCAUCUGAGUUUGUCUUUGAACAAAGAGAAACAUUCAACUCAGGUGGAUGUUGAAAGAGUCAAUUCAGCAUAUCAAGAAAUUUUGGAAGAUGACACUUGUAGCACAAAGGUGGCAUUGUUUGACAUGCAGAAAGGGAAGUUUGUAAAACGAGCUGGUGGUCUUAAGGAGGUACCUGUUUGUUCCCUUUUCAGUGCGACUACUAUUACUGCCAGGUGGGAGCCUGAUGUUCAUUUAGCAUUAGUUGAACUCGGGUUGCGGUUGAAGCUACUUGUGCACAAUCAUAAGCUUCAAGAACAAGUACUUACAAAGGAUACCGAACUUAAGAAAGAAGGGUCUGAGGAUUUAGUACACAUGGAAAAUAAUCAAAACCAAAAGAAGAAAGAAUCUUUGUUUGCUAUUGAUAUCGAGAUGCUAACUGUCAUGGCUGAAGCUGGAGACGGUGUUGAAACAAUGAUUCAAGUUGAGUCAAUUUUUUCAGAAAAUGCAAAAAUUGGUAUUCUUUUAGAAGGAUUAAUGCUUUGUUUUAAUUCAGUAAGAGUAUUCAGAAGUGGUAGGAUGCAACUUUCACGAAUACCUAAUGUAUCUGAGCCAGCUGUUAAGUGGGACUAUGUGAUUCAAGGGCUUGAUAUGCAUAUUUGCUUGCCGUUUAGAUUGCAAUUGCGUGCAAUUGAUGAUUCCAUCGAGGAAAUGAUCCGAGCAUUAAAACUAGUCGCUGCUGCUAAAACGAAGUUAAUAUGUCCAUCUAAAAAAGUGAGUGAGAGUUCAAGUGCAGAAGCAAAGCCUAAAAAGCAGAGUUCUUCAAAACUUGGUCGUGUAAAGCUGUAUGUACGUAAAUUAACGGCUGAAAUUGAGGAGGAACCGUUGCAGGGAUGGCUUGAUGAACAUUAUCACUUAAGGAAGGAUGAUGCUCGUGAAAUGGCAGUCCGUUUGAACUUUCUCGAUGAUCUUCUUUCUAAAGGGAGCCAAUCUGCUGGUAUUGUGGAUACCAUAGAUCCUUCUAAUGAAGGAAAAAUCCAAUUGGAUGGCCAAGACAAGACAUGUGUGUAUGAUGCAUCAUCUAUUGAAAAAGAAAAAGAGGAAUUGUAUAAGAAAUCAUUUCGAUCUUUUUACGAAGCAUGUCAGGCUCGUGUGAUAUCAGAAGGAUCAGGUGCAUGCCGUGAAGGAUUUGAAUCAGGGUUUAAGUUUAGUGCCUCAAGAACAUCUCUUUUCUCAAUCGUUGGUACUACACUUGAUGUAACAUUGACUGCAAUUGAAGGUGGGGAGGAGGGGAUGAUUGAAGUUGUGCAGGCACUUGAUCCAGUUGCUCGGGAAUGUAACAUUCCAUUUGCUCGUCUCUAUGGAUGUAACCUUAUAUUGCAGGCAGGAUCUCUUGUUGUUCAGCUAAGAGACUAUUCGUAUCCGCUUCUUGCUGCAACUUCCGGUGAAUGUGAAGGUCGUCUCGUGCUAGCUCAACAGGCGACACCUUUUCAGCCUCAAACUCUUCAUGAAGUUUAUAUUGGAAAAUGGAGGAAGGUGGAACUGUAUCGUUCUGUUAGCGGCACAACUCCACCGAUGAAAACAUUUCUAGAUUUACCAUUACAUUUUGAGAAAGGAGAAGUAUCAUUUGGAGUUGGAUUUGAACCAGCCUUGGCCGAUUUGAGUUAUGCCUUCACUGUGGCUUUACGCCGGGCCAAAUUAAGUGUCCGGGACCCUAAUCCGUUCGUUGUUCCCCCAAAGAAAGAGAAAAGCUUGCCAUGGUGGGAUGAAAUGAGAAAUUAUAUUCAUGGGAAGACGACGUUGUCUUUUUCGGAGACAUUAUUUAAUAUUCUUGCUACUACUGAUCCAUAUGAAAAGUCUGAUAAACUCCAAAUGUCUUCUGGAUUUAUGGAAAUCCAGCAGUCAGAUGGUCGUAUUCAUAUCUCUGCAGGGGACUUGAACAUAUGUACAACCAGUUUAGAAAUUUUUGCCAGGAACUCAACCAUCAAACCUCCAGCUGGUGCACCGAUCCCUUUCUUAGUAUCCCCAACCCUUAUUCUUGAGGUUGAUAUGGAUUGGGGUUGUGAUUCCGGUACCCCACUUAACCAUUUUUUGUUUGCGCUUCCAUCUGAGGGUGUUGCUCGUGAAUAUAUAUAUGAUCCUUUUAGAUCUACUUCACUCUCGCUUAGGGUAAAUUUGGCCCUCAGGCCUUCUAGCUCAAAUGCUUCACUUAGUUCACCUACUAUAAAUGUAGCUCUUCACGAUAUUUGUUGGCUGAUGAACUUCAUAAACUUGAACUACCUUCCUCCUGUAAAACUACGUUUUUUUUCUCGUUACCCUCGUUUUGGUGUCCCGAGAGUUCCUAGAUCAGGCAACUUGUCAUUAGACAAAGUGAUGACUGAAUUUAUGCUUCGAUUUGAUUCAACCCCGACCAUUAUAAGACAUAUGUCAAUAGAUGAAAAUGAUCCGGCUAAAGGGUUGACUUUUAAGAUGACAAAGAUGAAAUCUGAAUUGUAUUUAGGUCGUGGAAAGCAGAAAUUCACCUUUGAUAGCAAGCGCGAUCUUCUUGAUCUUGUUUACCAGGGGAUUGAUAUGUAUAUGCCUAAGGUGUUUCUAAAUAAGGAGGAUAACACAAGUGUCAUUAAAGUUCAAACUUUAAAGAAAAACUCACUAGAUGGUAUCGUUAAUGAUAACAGUGGUAAUGCAAUAGGAAGUAAGGAAAGGAAUCAUGACGAUGGAUUUAUAUUGUCGUCUGAUUAUUUUAUAAUCAGAAAGCAAUCCCCGAAAGCAGAUUGUUCUAGACUAUUGGCAUGGCAAGAAGCUUGUAAAAAAAGUAUUGAUACAAAAUUUGUGACACCUGUGUCUGGUGGAAGUGACAGUGAUGAACGAGACAGGUCUGACCCGAGUGAUGAUGAUGGAUAUAAUGUUGUGAUGGCUGAUAGUUGUCAGCGGGUUUUUGUCUAUGGAUUGAAGCUACUUUGGACAAUUGAAAACAGAAAUGGAAUUUUAUCAUGGGGCAGUGAAUUAGCUAAAACAUGUACACCUCCAAAGCCUUCUCCUUCUCGUCUGUAUGCUCAGAGGAAGCUGCUAGAGGAGACCCAGGCACAAAGAAAUAGCCAACCUUCUCAAGAAGAUGCCUCAAAGGCUACUUCAACUGGUCAGAGUGGAAGUCCAUCUGCAAAUCAAAAGGAUGACUCUAAAUCAGAUCAGUCUCCAUCAAAGUUAAAUAAACUUGAACAUCAAACAUUUGAUGAUAUUGCAAAACAUGUCAAUAUUGAUGACUCCGAGGAGGACGAGGAGGGAAUUAGUAAUUUCAUGGUAAAUGUUAUCGAGCCACAAUUCAAUCUUCACUCAGAAGAGGCCAAUGGUAGAUUUUUGCUUGCUGCUGCUAGUGGCCGAGUUUUAGCUCGUUCGUUUCAUAAAGUUCUUAAGGUUGGUAUUGAAGUGAUUGAACAAGGAACUGGUAAUGAAGGGGAAAUUAAUUCUGAAAGUCAACCUGAAUUGAUAUGGAAUCGCUCGGAGCUUUCUAUCAUGUUGGAACACGUGCAGGCUCAUGUUGCCCCAACUGAUGUCGAUCCUGGCGCUGGAGUGCAGUGGCUAAGAAAGAUUAGUACGAGCUCGCCUAAAGUUAAACGUACCGGGGCUUUACUUGAACAAGUUUUUAUGCCUGGUGAUAUGUAUUUUCGCUUCACCAGGCAUAAUGGUGGAACUCAAGAUUUGAAGGUGAAACCUUUGAAGGAACUUGCAUAUAAUUCUGAUAAUAUAAUAGCAACCAUGACAUCUCGACAGUUUCAAGUUAUCCUUGAUGUUUUGAACAAUUUACUCUUGGCUAGGCCUCCAAAGCGUCCGAAAAGCGGUCUUCCUACAUCAGCAGAAGAUGAUGAAGACAUGGAGGAGGAAGCUGAUGAGGUGGUUCCGGAUGGUGUUGAAGAGGUAGAAUUAGAAAGAGUCAAUCUUGAACAGAAAGAACGAGUACAAAACUUGAUUUAUGAUGAUAUUCGGAAGCUCGCUAUUCCAACUGAUACUGCUGUAGAUACUUCCUCAGAAAAGGAAGCUGAUUUGUGGAUGUUAACCGCCAGCAGAUCCAUUUUGGUGCAAAAACUUAGGAAAGAACUGGUAAAUUCACAAAAAUCCAGAAAGGCUGCUGCAGCUUCUUUGAGGAUGGUUUUGCGGAAAGUUGCACAGCAACAGCUAAUGGAGAAAGACAAGAAUAAAGGCCCAUCAUGUGCUAUGCGUCUAUCUUUGCAAUUGAAAAAAGUGGCAUGGAGCAUGCUUUUGGAUGGAAAAGCUAUCUCAGAGAUUGAAAUAAAUGACAUGAUCUAUGACUUUGACAGAGAUUACCAAGAUAUUGGAGUCGCCAGAUUCACAAUAAAGUACUGUGUUUUGAAAAACUGUCUGCCUAAUGCUAAAUCUGACACACUUCUAGCUGCAUGGAAUCCUCCUUCUGAAUGGGGAAAGAAAGUGAUGAUUCGGGUAGAUGCAAAACUAGGUGCUCCAAAGGAUGGCACUUCACCUAUUGAACUCUUCCAGGCAGAUGUUCACCCGUUGAAAAUACAUUUGACUGAGACGAUGUACCGAAUGAUAUGGGGGUAUUUCUUCCCGGAAGAGGAACAAGAUAGCCAUCGACGGCAGGAAGUUUGGAAGGUCUCGACAACUACUGGCUUACGAAGAGGCAAAAAAGGGAAUGAGGCUACAAAAGAAUUAGAAGUAUCCUCUAAAUCAAUCACUGCCGAUCCCUUGGCAAAGAAAGUGAAACCAACACACGAGUUAAAAAGAAGUUCUUCUUUUGAUAAAACAUGGGAAGAAAGUAUAGCCGAGUCCGUGGCUAAUGAACUUCUAGAAGAAAUGCGUUCUCUUGAGCAGGAAGAGUUGAGUAAACCCAAAAAGGACUCAAAAGCUACAAAAGCUUCAAAAACUGUGAAAGCUUCAAAGAACAGUCAUUCUGGUCAAGAAGAAAAGAAGUCAGGCAAACCAACUGAUGACAAAAAAGGCAAGCCUCUCAUUUUGAGAGAGUUUCAUAAUAUCAAGAUAAGUCAGGUUGAACUAUCAGUGACCUAUGAAGGGUCCAGAUUUGCUGUCAGUGAUCUGAGAUUAUUGAUGGAUUCUUUCCAUCGAGUUGAGUUCACUGGAACUUGGAAAAAGCUGUUUGCGAGAGUCAAGAAGCAUGUUAUUUGGAGUGUCCUGAAGUCUGUCACGGGAAUGCAGGGUAAGAAGUUCAAUACCAAGACACAUGGGCAGACCAAAGAACCAAAUGUAGCAGAUGUCCCCACCCUUGAUCAUAUCAGUGACAGCGGCGAUGGACCUAAUGGAAAAACCAAUAAUUUGGGUUUAACUUUUCCUAAAAGGCCUGCUGAUGGAGCAGGAGAUGGAUUUGUGACAUCAGUCAAAGGAGUAUUCUCACUACAACGCCGUAAGGCCAGGGCAUUUGUGCUCCGCACCAUGAGAAAUGAAGGAGAAGAACGGAUGCCUGGGGAAUGGAGUGAUAGUGAGGAUUAUUCUCCUUUUGCUAGGCAGCUCUCCAUAACUAAAGCUAAGAAGCUUAUACGGCACCGCACCAAGAAGUUUAACUCAAAGAAAGGGUUUUCUGUAGAUGGGCUUUCAUCUUCUCCAAGAGAUCACGAAGGAUCUGAAAGUGAUUCAUCGGGUGGUGACCCUUUCGAGGAAUACCUCGAGUACAAAGCUGCCCAGGAGAAAGCUGAACAAGAUGCCACCCAGGAAAACGCUCCCGUAGAACCCCUAACAAACCCAGAAAACCAAUGAUCUUUUACUUUUUUGCAAGGCCUUGCUUACAUUUCCUAAGCCAGCGAGACAAUCUCGUUGACUAAAACAGGCAAGGCUGAGUUUUUGUUCAAUGAAACAGCCAAUGUAGCUUCUUAUAUGAGUUAUAUUUCGAUUUUCAUUUUUUUUAUAA